AGAUUUUUGUAUUUCCGGUCGUUUCAUGGCUACGUUCAUCCAAAUAAAUGUCGUGGUUGCCUUUUUAGCGCCUUACCGAGAGUCUGUCUUGUAGAUGCUCCGUUAUCAAACCAUAUUAAGUCGUUGACUCUCUGGCUCUUAAAAUCAUGGAUAUCUCCACUCCUCCGGAAGACCAAGAGCUUCGCAAUGUCAUUGACAAACUUGCACAGUUUGUUGCCCGCAAUGGGCCCGAGUUUGAAAAGAUGACCAUGGAGAAACAGAAGGAGAAUCCGAAGUUCUCCUUUCUGUUCGGAGGGGAGUACUUUGGCUACUACAAGUAUAAGCUCGCUAUCGAGCAGCAACAGCAUCCUACCACUCAUGAUGCUGAAUAUAAAAUGGAAGUGCUCUGCAAACCGCCAGGUAAAGAGAUCCCUGAUGUUCCUCCUCCGAUGACCAUGCUGCCUCCGCCCCCGCCCAUCGCCCCCUCCACGCCCUCAGUAGAUGAGCUCGUCCAGCAGAGCCAGUGGAACCUGCAGCAGCAAGAGCAGCACCUGAGCAGCCUCAGACAGGAGCAGGUGAAUGCAGCCAUCGCUCUGGCUAUGGAGCAGCAGACUCAGAAACUGUUGGUGGAGACCCAGCUGGACAUGGCCGAGUUUGACAGCCUCCUCCAGCCCAUCAUUGACACCUGCACCAAGGAUGCCAUUUCGGCUGGAAAGAACUGGAUGUUCAACAAUGCCAAGUCCCCACAGCACUGCGAGCUGAUGACCUCACACCUCCGCAACCGCAUCACAGCAGAGACGGCACACUUUGAGCUCCGCCUCCACCUCAUCUAUCUCAUGAAUGAUGUCCUGCACCACUGCCAAAGGAAGAACCAGAGAGAUCUGCUGGCUGCCUUGCAGAAGGUGGUGGUGCCAAUCUACUGCACUAGUUUCCUGGCUGUGGAGGAAGACAAACAACAGAAAAUAACACGGUUGCUGCAACUAUGGGAGAAAAAUGGUUACUUUGAUGACGUCUCCAUUCAGCAACUCCAGAGCCCCGCCUUGGGCCUCGGGCAGUACCAGGCGUCCCUGAUCACGGAGUACGCGGGCGUGGUGCAGCCUGUGCAGCUGGCUUUCCAGCAACAGAUCCAGGCUCUGAAGACUCAGCACGACGAAUUCGUGGCCAACCUGAAGCAGCAGCAGCAGACUGCCGCCUCUGUCGGGCAGCUAGUUCCUCCCGACGCCGAGGUCAAGGGAGUGGCACAGCCGCCCAUGGCGGCGCCCCCUGAAGUGAAGCCUCCAAUGGCCGGCCCUCCUCCGGGUGACUAUGAUGGCACGCAGGCGAGGCCGCCGGACCCAAAUCCCUCUGCCCCCUCUGACGUUCCUGCCAGCAAGCCCAGCUGGUUCGAGCCUCAGCAUGGCAUACCCGCCUGGAACCCACAGCAGCCUCCACCAUUUGACCCCACCCAGGCACCUCCUCCAUGCCCACCCUGGAACAGCCAUGAGGGGAUGUGGAGCGAGCAGCGGGACCCCAGCUGGAGUGGCCCCCGGGAGGGAGGCCCUGGGGGUCCUGGGGGCCCUGGAGGCCCUGGAGGUCCUGGAGGACCUGGGGGACCUGGUGGCCCAGGAGGUCCAGGGGGCCCAGGGGGUCCGUGGGGCAGCCAGAACGAGCCCCCGCCCUCUUGGAGCGGGCAGUUCGACCAGCCACCCUGGAGCAGCCAGCCAGACCAGCCUCCCUGGAGCCAGAGGGAGCCCCCUUUCCGCAUGCAGCGGCCACCACACUUCCGGGGAGCCUUCCCACCACACCAGCAGCCUCCCCCUUUCAGCCAGCCCCCGCCACCUCACAACUUCAACCGCUUUCCGCCACGCUUCAUGCAGGACGACUUCCCACCCAGGCACCACUUUGAGCGUCCGCCCUACCCACCGCACCGCUUCGACUACCCGCAGGGAGAAUUUCCUGGAGAGAUGGGUCCCCCCCACCACCACCCAAACCAGAGGAUCCCCCCUCCAGGAAUGACCGAACAUCCCCCGUGGGGGGGGAACCAGCACCCUGAAUUUGGGCCACCACCCCACGGCUUUAACGGACAGUCUCCCCAUAUGAGGCGCCAAAACCCCUCCCACGUGAGCCAGGACGACCCUAGUCUGGUGCCAAACGUGCCGUACUUCGACCUGCCAGCAGGCCUCAUGGCUCCCCUGGUGAAGCUGGAAGAUCAUGACUACAAGCCCCUGGACCCCAAAGACAUUCGCCUUCCUCCCCCCAUGCCCCCUAGCGAUCGCCUGCUGGCUGCCGUGGAGGCCUUCUACAGCCCUCCGUCACACGACCGUCCCAGAAACAGUGAGGGCUGGGAGCAGAACGGCCUGUACGAGUUCUUCAGAGCCAAGAUGAGAGCGAGGAGGAAAAAGGAGCAAGAGAAGCACAACAGCACGCGAGGCAGCCGCUCUCGGAGCCGUUCCCGUAGUCGAGGCAGGUCAUCGUCGCGCUCCAGUUCCCGCUCCUCCAAGUCGUCCCGCUCCAGGUCCUCCAGGUCCCGCUCACGCUCCUACUCUCGAUCCCGCUCCAGAAGCCGGAGCCGCUCCAGAUCGAGGUCCCGAAGCCGCUCUCGCUCUAGAUCGCGCUCUAGAUCACGCUCUCCUGACCGGAGACGACAUGCGGCAAAGUCCCGCAGUCCCACACCGCCCUCCACCUCUGGGUUGGGCUCCGGGUCCAUAACUGAUCACAGGCUGGGAGAGGAAAACAAAGGUCAUCAGAUGUUGAUGAAGAUGGGGUGGAGUGGCUCAGGAGGUCUCGGAGCCAAAGAGCAGGGGAUCCAGGAUCCCAUCAAGGGUGGAGAUGUGCGAGAUAAGUGGGACCAGUACAAGGGCGUGGGCGUGCCCCUGGAUGACCCCUACGUGAACUACAGAAGAAACAAAAGCUACAAUUUUGUCGCACGGAUGAAAGCCAGAGAGAAAGUGGGUCGAGACCCUCAGGAGCCCUCGACUACAGAAUGAUUCUUCUCAACAGUGUUUUUUUGUUUGUUUUUUGUUUUUUUUUAAAGACCGAAAUAAUAGAUGUGUUUCCAUUUUGUUUUGAAAGUUGAUCUUGCCUUUGGUUUUUUCAUUGUAACAAAUGCGAAACGUCAUGUCCUGUUGUAGUCAAAACAUGGUAUUAGUGUCCUUGCAGUCAACUGAAUUUAGCCUAGAUUUAAUACUUGGCACAAGGAAAUAAAAUACAUUUUUAACAUGUAAAAA